ACGGGAAAUUAACCGGCUUUGUAAUUUUCGCAAUGGCAUAUUGGCAUCAGUGCACGUUACUUUUGGUCGGAACUUUGUUCGUUUCCUGAAGUUUUUUGAAAUAUAUAUAUUUAAUUUUGUGAAUGAAAAUUAGUAACAUAUAAGAUCAUGACUGCUCCUCACUCAAAGAAACGAGUUUGUUACUAUUAUGAUGGUGAUAUUGGGAAUUACUACUAUGGCCAGGGUCACCCAAUGAAGCCACAUCGCAUUCGCAUGACUCAUAAUUUAAUCUUGAAUUAUGGCCUUUACAGAAAAAUGGAAAUCUAUAGACCACAUAAAGCCACUCAAGAAGAAAUGACUAAAUAUCAUAGUGAUGAUUAUGUUCGGUUUCUGCGAAGUAUUCGGCCUGAUAACAUGUCGGAAUAUAACAAACAAAUGCAGAGAUUUAAUGUUGGUGAGGAUUGUCCUGUGUUUGAUGGAUUGUAUGAAUUUUGCCAGCUAUCUACUGGUGGAUCAGUUGCUGGUGCAGUGAAGUUAAAUAAACAAGCAGCAGAAAUUGCUGUUAACUGGGCUGGUGGACUUCAUCAUGCAAAAAAAUCAGAAGCAUCAGGAUUUUGCUAUGUGAAUGACAUUGUGUUAGCAAUCCUAGAACUUCUUAAGUAUCAUCAAAGGGUAUUGUAUAUUGAUAUUGAUAUUCAUCAUGGGGAUGGUGUUGAAGAAGCCUUUUAUACCACUGAUCGAGUUAUGACUGUAUCUUUUCAUAAGUAUGGAGAAUAUUUUCCUGGAACUGGGGAUCUAAGGGACAUAGGUGCAGGUAAAGGGAAAUACUAUGCUGUCAAUUUUCCUCUUCGUGAUGGUAUAGAUGAUGAGUCUUAUGAACAAGGCAUUUUUCAACCACUAAUCUCGAAAGUAAUGGAAAUGUAUCAACCAAGCGCCAUAGUUCUUCAAUGUGGUGCUGAUUCCUUGUCUGGUGAUAGGCUUGGCUGUUUUAACCUAACAUUAAAAGGUCAUGGCAAAUGUGUUGAAUUUGUGAAGAAAUAUAAUUUGCCACUGCUGCUGUUGGGUGGAGGUGGCUACACUAUUAGAAAUGUUGCUAGAUGUUGGACUCAUGAAACGUCCGUUGCACUUAAUCAUGAUGUAGCAAAUGAGCUACCAUAUAAUGAUUACUUUGAAUAUUUUGGACCUGAUUUUAAACUUCAUAUUAGUCCAUCUAACAUGGCAAAUCAAAAUACUCCUGAAUAUCUUGAAAAAAUAAGGACUAGAUUAUUUGAAAAUUUAAGAAUGCUACCUCAUGCUCCAGGAGUUCAAAUGCAGC